CAGAGGAGCAGAGCACCAUCCCAGCUCACUGCAGUGGCCUUGCCUAGGCUCUGCUCUGGGGCCCCAGCCCUGUCCUCUAAUAAUUACCCUCCAGCUCUCUCUCCAGAACCCCCUACUGGUGGUUCGCUUGACCCUGACGUCUUUUCCGUCGCCUCAUCUCCCUCCUUUGUAGAACUCCUUUUUUUUUUUUUUUUUCUCCCCUCCCAGGACCUCUUCCUGACCUCCCUUGGAGGGUUGGGGAAGGCCCAGACCAUAGCGAUGAGGGAGGCUCCGUUCCUAGGCUUAUUGUUUCUGCGGCUGCUUUGGGAACCUCCAGUCGUGGCUUCAGGGCCUGGGAACGAGGUGUCUGUGGUGUGGGCCCAAGAGGGAGCUCCUGUCCAUCUUCCCUGCAGCCCCAAAUUCCCCUACCGGGAUCCCAGCCUUCUGCGAAGAGGAGGGGUCACUUGGCAACAUCAACCAGACAGUGGCCAAGACCAACUGGAUCCCAACCCUGCCCUUGACCUUCGCCGCGGGAUGCCUUCGCCUGGGAGCCGGGCACCCCGUCCCUACACCGUGCUGAGCAUGGCCCCAGGAGGCCUGCGCAGCGGCAGGCUGCCCCUGCAUCCCCGCGCGCAGCUGAGUGAGCGCGGCCUCCAGCGCGGCGACUUCUCCUUGUGGUUACGCCCAGCCAUGCGCGCGGAUGCUGGCGAGUACCGCGCCACUGUGCGCCUCCCGGACCGCACCCUUUUCUGUAGUCUCCGCCUGCGCGUCGGCCAGGCCUUGAUGACUGUCAGUCCCCCAGGACCCCUUGCACCAUCGGGAUGGGUCAUUUUGAACUGCUCCUUCAGUCGCCCUGACCGCCCAGUCUCUGUGCACUGGUUCCAGGGCCAGAGCCGAGUCCCUGUCCACAAGUCUCUACGUCACCACUUAGCUGAAAGUUUCCUCUUACUGCCCCAAGUCAGCCCCAUGGACGCUGGGACCUGGGGCUGUAUCCUCUCUUACAAAGAUGGCUUCAACGUCUCCAUUACGUACAACCUUAAGAUUCUGGGUCUGGAGCCCCUAGUCCCUUUGACAGUGUAUGCUGCUGCAGGUUCUCGGGUGGAGCUGCCUUGUCACUUGUCCCCCGGUGUGGGGACCUCUUCUUUGCUCAUUGCCACCUGGACUCCUCCUGGGGGAGGCCCUGAGCUCCUGGUAGCUGGAAAGGGCAGCCAUUUCACCCUUCAACUUGAGGCUGUGGGCCUGGCCCAAGCUGGCAACUACACCUGCAGUAUCCAUCUUCAGGGGCGGCAGCUCAGUGCCGUUGUCACUUUGGCAGUCAUCACAGUGACUCCUAAAUCCUCUGGGUUACCUGGCUCUCCUGGGAAGCUGUUAUGCGAAGUAACCCCAGCGUCUGGACGAGAACAGUUUGUGUGGUGGCCGCUGAACAACGGGUCCAGAAGUUGCCCAGGCCCUGAGCUGGAGAUACAGAAAGCCAGGCUCCUGUCUGAGCAUUGGCAGUGCCAGCUGUACCAGGGACAGAAGCUUCUUGGAGCAGCGAUGUCCAUCGCAGAGUCUAGUUCAGGUGCCCGGAGUGCGAGGAGACUCUCCGGUGACCUUAAAGGAAGCCACCUCUUUCUCCUUCUCAUCCUUGGUGCCUUCUCUCUGUUCCUUCUGGUGACUGGGGCCUUUGGCUUUCAGCUAUGGAGAAAACAGUGGCUGCGGAGAAGAUUUUCUGCCUUAGAGAGUGGGGUUCACCCACCUCCGGCUCUGAGCAAGAUAGAGGAGCUCGAGCAAGAACCGGAGCUCGAGCAAGAACCAGAGCUAGCGAUGGAACAGAAGCCAGAGGCACAGCCCAAAGGGGAGCGGGAGCCAGAGCUCAGGCAGCUCUGAGCCGGGAGCUGAGGCAGCCUGCAGGUCUCAGCAGCACGGUCCCAAUAAAUUCCCUGUCAGCAGCACACCGGAGUCUAGACUCUUUCUUGUCCCGGGAAAGGUUCCUGGCUCUCCCAGCCGCUGGGGGCUCCCUUCUCCCACUCCAGUCUCCCAACCCACUUUCUCCAGCCAGUC